AUGGGAAAACCAUGGAGUGCCUUUCAUUUCCAAUUAUGUGUUAUUUCAAUUUUCAGUUUGUUGAACCCUUGUAAAUUUAAUAUACCCAUUGUGGCUGUGCCUAUGUUCUUGAGUGCUGUUCCCAUCCCCGACCUUAUUUUGCCCAAUAACAUUAUAUUCUCACCCACCCAUGGAAAUUUCAAAGAGAACAAUCCAUCCAAAACACCGGCUCAAACUUCCGUCUUCUUCUCCAUUCCUCAUUAUCACUUGUCUAAUAAGACAGAGAGGGAGAGAGAGUAUGCCCCCAAUGAUCCUAAUGGCCCAGGGGAGCCACCUGGAUAUGUGACUCUCUUGUGGGAAUGGUUAUGGAAGAUGAAAGAUAUGAAAGGUUGCUUCAAGGCAUGUAAACGCUAUCUUUCAAAAGUUAUUUGCCCCUACAACUUUGGUACAAAGGAAUACUCAAAUAAGUCUUGUGGAUACAAUGAAGUGAUAUAA